CAGUAAAGCUUAUCCCACAUGAUUUGAUUCAUAUUCCUCUUUUCUCCACUGGCAAUCAUUUUAGGGAGAAAAAGGAAAGUGAACUCAAGUGGUAUGUCUAUUUAGAGCUCCGCAGAACAAUGGAAUAUCCUUUAGAUGUGGAUGAAGAUGGGUAUACUAAAUUAAACUUUCACUCUCGAGGUGCCACCAGAAGACCUGUGGGUUCAAAGAAAGGAUCUCCUGUUGCAUCUCCUCCUUGGAAGCUCAUCGCUAUGAUUUUGGGAAUCUUAUGCCUGGUGAUACUAGUGAUAGCUGUGGUGCUCAGUUCCUUGGCAUUUUGGCGAUCCAAUUCAAGGAGCAACCCACUGGAGAAAGACAACUCUCUGUCAAGAAACAAAGAGCACCAAACUCAACCCACAAAAUCAUCUUUAGAAGAGAAUGUGGUUUCUACCAAAGCUCUCAAAACCACAGGGGCCGUGCCCAGCAAUUGUCCUCCUAAUUGGAUCGUGCAUGAGAAAAGCUGUUACCUCUUGGCCAUUUCAUUAGAUUCCUGGUAUGGAAGUAAGAGAAGAUGUUCCCAGCUGGGCUCUCAUCUCCUGAAGAUAGACACCUUAAAAGAAUUCGAUUUUAUAGUAGAACAAAUGUCUUCCUAUGCUAUUCAUUCUUUCUGGAUUGGGCUUUCUCGCAAUCAGACUGAGGAAUUAUGGCUCUGGGAUGAUGGAUCAACUUUCUCUUAUAACUUGUUUCAAAUCAGUAGCACAGCUACCCAGGAAAACACAGCUCACAACUGUGUAUGGAUUCAUGUGGGAAAUGCUUAUGACCAACCCUGUAAUAUUCCCUCCUUCAGUAUGUGUGAGAGGCUGCUGUCAGGGUGAAGAGAUGGAGGAGAAAAUUAUUUGAGAUCAUAAGGAUGACAAAACAACAACAACAAAAAGAGUGGUAUUUGAGGUCAAUGAAAGUAAGGAAAUGAAAGUGUUGACAGUUUAGCAAACUUUAAUCUUAGCUGAGAAACAGGAUGAAGGGCUGUGAUUUCUUGUCAACUGCAUGGGGAAGUUAAUAUUGUUACAGUGAAUAGAAUCCUAGAUGUGGAGUUUAGGGGACCCAAGCUUGGGUUUUUGUUUUAAGAUUGACUUAAUAUUUUCCAGGAAUAAGCCACAAGGCCUUGGUGCUUCAAGGGAAUCUUAAUUUCUGGCUCUUUCAGAAUCAUUUCUUGUUCUCAGAAAGUGCCCCUGGAGUACAUACUAUGUGUUUUGGGAUUUGUUCUUCAACUUCCAACAUAACAGACAUGGGUAGAAGAUAAAAAGCACGGUGAUACCUUGGUGCACAAAUGCUUUUAAAUGUUUAGCAAAAUUUUGUUUUUGUUUGUAAACUCUGCAUCGGCUGAUUAACAUGACUGUGUCCAUCUUUCCUGCAUGAACAUAACAUAGCCAUCUUUUCUAGAACCAUAGAACAAAUUAAGUCCAUGAAUGGAGGUACCACUGUACUUCUGAAUUACUAAAUAAAGAAAUGAGAAAAAAAUCUUUACUACAAUCAGUUAUUAUUUUCAUCUAUGUUAUCACAAUUAUGAUUAUCAUCAAAAAGUAGCAACUCCAAAAGUACCAACUUAGUUUUUUUUCAACUAAAUAAUUCAGAUAGUAUGACUGUACAUCUCUAAUAGAAUCCUGUAUAAUGUAAAUUAUUGGAAAGUUGCUCUUAUGGGAAACCUUUCUCCUUUUGAAAUAGUAUAAAUAAAAAUAAGAUCUGAAAAUGAUUUAAAAUGUGAACAAGCUCAUUGGCAGGAGUGUCAGUAUUUUGGAAUAUAAAACAUAUUUUGCAAUUUUCACCUAUUCUUUAGUAAUUACUGUAAAAAAAAAGCACUAUUGGAAUAUAACUAUAUUUCUUUAUAUGCUGAUUUGUCUCAUGUUCUUUUAAACUCUCCCAUUGGUUCUAGUACAGAUAACAAAAUUGGGGCUGGGAGACCACUCCCUUCCACCCACUUGAAUUUGGGGCAACGCUCCAGGGCCAAUGCUCCUUCCAUUGUUCUAAGAGAAGCUGAAAUAAAAUAACAAAGACCAAGGAAAUCUCUAAGAUCUAGGCCAGAGAACAUGCAUGUUAGAACUCAUGGCUUGACCUUCAGUAACCUUUUUCCCACUUGAACUUCCUUAAAGACUCACAGAUAUGGACUGCAUGUCAUGUAUAUAAUUUAAUCAGUAUGAAUCUGGACAUGCACACAUGUUGAAUGCCCCUGAAAAUGACUCAGUAUCCUGUCAAUCAAUCCUGUCAAUCUUAUCCACAAAUCUGAUGACAGACAUUUGGCCUUGGGUAUAUAUCUUUUAAAAUCCGAAUUCCCAGUUUAUCUGUGUGCUGGGCUUUUUGUUUCCAUGUCAUCCCAACACCACUUUUCUGAUCAUGCCUGUCUUAGCACAUGUUCCCAUUCUCUUCAAUAAAUUUAGCUACAUUUUCUUUUACCAGUGGAUGUAUACUUUGGUAUACUUUGUAUUCUUUGCUAGCUGUAUACAAGAGCUUGGAAUCUAUCUGUUGGAUCCACCAUAUGGUAUCAGUACUAUUAAUAUUGGACUGUGGGGAUUUCUGUAUUUUUGAGAGGCAGUUGUAUAACUUUCUUGUGUUUGUUAAUAUGUGUAAAGAAAUUAUGCCAAAAUUACGAAUUGUUCACUAUAAAAUGGUUAAUUUUA